AUGGUCCAGAUCAGUGAAGUCAAGGGCAACUCGCGCGAGAACAGGACCGCGGCGCACACCCACAUCAAGGGUCUAGGCCUGCGCGCUGAUGGUUCCUCAGAAACAGCAGGCGAUGGAUUCGUGGGACAGGCAUCUGCUCGUGAGGCAUGCGGUGUUGUAGUCGACCUCAUCAAAGCUAGGAAGAUGGCUGGACGAGCUGUGUUGCUUGCUGGUGGACCAGGUACAGGAAAGACAGCGCUUGCUCUUGCUGUAUCACAGGAGCUGGGAACCAAAGUACCAUUCUGCCCCAUCGUUGGCAGCGAAAUCUACUCUGCGGAGGUCAAGAAGACAGAAGCCUUGAUGGAGAACUUCCGACGAGCAAUCGGUCUGCGAGUUCGCGAAACCAAGGAGGUGUACGAGGGUGAAGUAACCGAGUUGACACCGGAGGAGACCGAGAAUCCAUUGGGCGGAUACGGACGUACCAUCAGCCAUCUGAUCAUUGGACUCAAGUCUGCCAAGGGCAGCAAGAAGCUUCGCCUAGACCCCAGCAUUUACGAAGCCAUUCAGAAGGAGAGAGUCACUGUUGGAGAUGUCAUCUACAUUGAAGCCAACACCGGUGCUUGCAAGCGUGUUGGUCGGUCGGACGCUUAUGCGACUGAGUUCGAUCUCGAGGCGGAAGAGUACGUGCCCGUUCCUAAGGGCGAGGUUCACAAGAAGAAGGAGAUUGUACAGGAUGUGACCCUUCAUGACUUGGACAUGGCCAAUGCCCGGCCACAAGGUGGACAGGAUGUGAUGAGCAUGAUGGGCCAGCUGAUGAAGCCCAAGAAGACUGAGAUUACAGACAAGCUGCGACAAGAGAUUAACAAGGUUGUCAACCGCUACAUUGACCAGGGCGUGGCCGAGCUUGUUCCUGGUGUCUUGUUCAUCGACGAGGUUCACAUGCUUGACAUUGAGUGUUUCACAUAUCUCAACCGUGCCCUUGAAUCUACCAUCUCUCCGAUCGUCAUCCUGGCUUCUAACCGUGGAAACACUGUCAUUCGGGGUACCGACGACAUCACCGCCUCCCACGGCAUCCCACCCGAUCUGCUCGCUCGCCUCCUCAUCAUCCCCACUACCCCUUACAGCCCAGAGGAGAUCAAAACCAUUAUCCGACUGCGUGUUAAGACUGAAGGCCUGAACAUCAAUGAGCCUGCUCUGGACAAGGUUGCUGAGCACGGCAGCAAAGUCAGUUUGCGAUAUGCCUUGCAAUUGCUCACACCGGCAAGUAUCCUGGCUCGAGUCAAUGGCCGCCCUAAUGGAAUCGAGGCAGUGGAUGUUGCGGAGUGCGAGGAUCUUUUUCUGGAUGCCAAGCGCAGUGCGCAGAUUGUUAACCAGGACAUUACCAAGUUCCUGGCUUAA